CGGAGCUUGCCGCCGGCGGAGGGCGGGGCCCGCGCCGGGAUUUCCCCUGGGUUGAGCUGCGCAGGGAAGCGGAGGGGUUUUGGCCAAAUUGGGCGAGGGCACAAAGUAACCACUUACCCCUUCUCACCGAGGAAGAGAGGGAGAAAGGGCCUUCCCUGAUUUUGGCCAUGGAGUCUUUAAUUACCCGAGUGAUCAAUGUAAAAACAACAUUCUUCUUUUAGUGUGGCGCAGAGUCCCACCUGCUGAAGGAACAAGAGGUCUAGUCCCCUUCUAUUCUGUAGGCCCACCUCAGAAAGAGAGCUCUUGCAGAAAUAACCUGCUUUUUCUCCACAUCGGGAGCUGAGUUUCCUGUUGCGGUGGAACCCAGGGCAUACAUAAAAGGUAUGGCACAGUCACAAGGGUGGGUGAAAAGAUACUUCAAGGCCUUUUGUAAAGGCUUCUUUGUGGCAGUACCUGUGGCAGUGACUUUCUUGGAUCGAGUUGCCUGUGUGGCAAGAGUGGAAGGAGCAUCAAUGCAGCCUUCUUUGAAUCCUGGAGGGAGCCAGUCACCUGAUGUGGUACUUUUGAACCACUGGAAAGUGAGGAAUUUCGAAGUACAACGUGGUGACAUUGUUUCAUUGGUGUCUCCUAAAAACCCAGAACAGAAGAUCAUUAAGAGAGUGAUUGCUCUUGAAGGAGAUAUUGUCAGAACUAUAGGACACAAAAACCGGUAUGUCAAAGUCCCCCGUGGUCACAUCUGGGUUGAAGGUGAUCAUCAUGGACACAGUUUUGACAGUAAUUCUUUUGGGCCGGUUUCCCUGGGACUUCUGCAUGCCCACGCGACACAUAUCCUGUGGCCUCCAGAGCGCUGGCAGAAAUUGGAAUCGGUUCUUCCUCCAGAGCGCUUACCAGUUCAGAGUGCAGAGGACUGACUGCCUGCAUCGUCCUGAGCUGCUGGCACUGGGAGGCCGAAUACAGGAAGGGGGUGGAGAAGCGGAGCCCCCAGGAGAGAAAAGCUUCCAACAAUAUCUGUGCAAGCAGCAUUUAUAACCCAUUAAGAUGAUCUGUAUUAUUAAAGAAAGAGUUUUUAAAUAUUAAACAUUAUUAAAUGGCAUCUCAUUUUGUGUUAAAUUUUAAUACCGUAUUGUUUAAUGCUGAAAAGAAUAUGUAGACCUUUGGGAAUAUGAAAAUAUUUCACCCAUGUAUCUUAAAGAAGGUAAACUUGAGAUUAUUCAUUAUACAUAUUCUAUUGAUAGUUGGGUUUUGAUUUUGGUACUUGCUGCUGAAAUAAUUUGAAAAUUAAUAUUCAAUGAAAAUAAUUUGUCAUUUACUAUUAAGAUAGAACAUGAAGAAACACAUAUUAUGCAUAUAAUGAUAGGAAUUAACUUGUAAUUGACAGUAUCUACAGCGCAGUGACUAUCAGUUAGGAAGGACAGUAAACUGAUGUUAAAAUAAAACAGGGAUUUGUUCAGGUUCUGUUUGGGUGUUCAAUCAUCAUUUAACCCUUUCAUCCAUUAAUGAGGAAUAUGUUAUCCCACCUGUAAGUAAGCAAUGAAAAUAAUGAAGGACCAGUUCUAUCCAUACUUCCAUACAAUCAAACCUUUUUCAUUGGCCCUUUUAAAUUCAAAAGUUCUGAGUGAUCUCAUGCCUGUUGACAAUGAUGAGU